AUGCGAACUCUGUCUUUUGACUGCUGUGUGAACAUAAAAUGCCCCUUGCAAGGCUUGGUCAGCAAGGCAUUUGCUAUAUUAUUUUCAAGGUUAUGGAAUAGUACUUUCCCAGAGGAAUAUUCUAAGCUUAACUCCCUAGAUUUCCUUGUUAGGGAUGCUGCUGCAGCUGAAAACAUUAAGCUCCCAAAUGAAAUUGCUCAAGUGCAAGUUACUGUCUUUUCUGCAAAGACAGUAGCACUUUAUACAGGAGUGCCUUGGUGGAUCAUCUUGGUGGCUAUUCUUGCUGGAAUACUGAUGCUCGCACUGUUGGUAUUUUUACCCUGGACGGAUCAGGGAAAAUGGCAAGGAGAUGGUUAUAACCACCUGGAUCCACACUACUGCAACACCUCUGGCAGAGCAGGGCUGAACUGAAGAAGUGCUCUCUAUGCAAAUGAGCUUUUGCAGGCUUUUCAGAAGACAAGUGAUGCCCGCCCUCUUUGCAACUAGCUGACCCUGGCGCAGCCAAGACUCAGGGCUAAAUUGGAAAGUGUGUUGGAGCAGAAUACUUCCUAGCAGAAUGCAUUUUCUGAAAGGGUGCAAAAUAGGACCUUCAUUCCUAU